UCCCUUCUCUCUUUCUCUCCCUCCUCUUCCACCUAGAGGACAAGGGCUGGCAUUAGUUGCGAGAAAGACGAAACGUCAGCCCCGCUGCGGGUUCCUGCUCCAGCGGAUCAGCGCUUGGACUGAGAGUAGCUGAAGGCAAAGAGACAGCCGCGGGGAAGGUCUCGGCAUGACCGCGUCCAUGAGGGAGAGGUUCGACAGGUUCCUGCGCCAGAAGAACUGCCUGACCGAUGUGCUGGAGAAAAUUGAGAGCAAGACCGGCGUGAGCAGAUCCUACGUCGCCAUCGCCAUUAUUGUUGUGCUGGCUAUUUACCUGGUUGUUGGCUAUGGAGCAUCCCUGCUGUGCAACCUGAUCGGAUUUGCUUAUCCUGCAUACAUCUCCAUCAAAGCCAUUGAAAGCCCUAACAAAGAUGACGAUACACAGUGGCUGACCUACUGGGUAGUGUAUGGAAUCUUCAGCAUAGCAGAAUUUUUCUCAGACAUCUUUCUCUCCUGGUUCCCAUUCUACUACAUGAUGAAGUGUGGCUUUCUGGUAUGGUGUAUGGCCCGAAGUCCCUCAAAUGGAGCAGAGUUCCUUUACCACAGAAUUAUCCGCCCUUUCUUCUUGAAGCAUGAGACUCGAUUGGAUAAUGUAAUGAAGGAGUUAAAAGAAAAAGCUGGAGAGACAGCAGACACCAUUACUAAAGAAGCUAAAAAGGCAACAAUAAAUUUACUGGGCGAUGAGAAGAAGAGCACCUAAAGUAAUUAACUGGAAGAAAUUUCUCCUUAUCACUUCCUUUAUACAGUGUGAUGUUUCUGGGGACUGUGAUACAGUAAUUUGAAUAAUGUUGCCUUGUAAACUUUUUUGAUUUUAUUAAAAGAAUGUAUUGUAAGAUUGCUUGCUCUUUUUGCAGUUCUCUGUACUGAAAGUAAGCAUUUUUAUUUAACGUCAGUGCGGUGGAUGGCAUCUAAAGCUUAUACAGUUCCUGGGCAGAAAGAGGAUUUUCAGUAAUGUCUUGUCUUGCCUUUCAUGUAAUCUUCAAAUAAAAUAUGCCCCAGGCUCUGAACUUUACACUAUUUGUGCAUGCAACAGCUGCAUGUACAAAUUUUAUUUCAUAUUUGACUAGUUCUUGCUAUAACAUAGUUCAAUAUCAAAAUGUAAUGAUCGUGAUUUGGUGUGUGUGGUUUUGUAUAUAUACAAGGAAUAAUAAUUAGUUAGCCGUGUGUUACUGUGUAUCUCCCUUCACACAGAACUUCUCCAAUUGCUUAUAAUGCUGUGAAGAAUAAAGUAAGAUGACAGUUUUGCAAACUGAUUUUCUGCUUGUAGUACAGAUCGGCUGUAACUUGCAAUAUCUGGCCUAGUAUAUGUAUAUCUUAAGCAUUCUCUUUAGACACUGAAAAAUGAGCAAUUUGGUCAAAAUUAUUUAACAGCAUUACGUUUGAAAGUCGUAAUUUUAUUAAAAGGCAUAAGCUUUCUUGUGCUGCAGCUCACCUCAUUAGAUGCAGAGAGUGCAGCUCAGAAAAGUUUACGACUUUUAAUAAAAUUGGUUAUUCAGAAAAGGUGCUACCAGACUCCUGAAUUUUUGCUAACACAUAGACAUGGCUAUAUAACAUGGCUCUCCUCCUACAAUGUUACCAGAGUUAUGUAACUGAAUAACUGGUAUUAAAGCAGGAAAAAGAAAGAGAAAUUUUCCCCUUCUCCAGUGGUACUCUAUCCCAGUUCACUAAACUUCAAUCCUGCAGUGGGUUUUUAUAGUAAUGGUAUUGAAUGCGAGCAGUCAUGGCCACUGCUUGCUCAAUUUAUAAAAUAAAAUUUAAAAAAAGCCCUCUACUGUGUUUUUUGUCAGGUUUUAACUUAUGGCACCAUCAGAUUUUACUUGGCCCUUACGUACUAUUCAUUUUAUAGGCUUUGCAGUGUUUUGUCUUUGAUAAUUUAAAAACAUAUAACAGCAUGAAGGGGGAACAAUGUGUGCUUAUGAAGGAAAGCAGGUGGGCUGCCAUAUCUCAUAUUCAAACGUUUUUUUCUCAAAUGCACUGGCCUAGUUCCCACAAAAAGCUAGAACAUGAGUUCUUUAUUGUUGGCCACAGAAAUUCAGACAUUGCAGUUGAGUGUUACAGGCAAACCAGGCAAAUAUGGUUUAAUAAACUAUGAUUUAAAAAAUCCUGGUCUAGCAUUUGUGAACGUACCUAGUAUUGCUAAAGUGGAUUUAUUUAAAAAGGACAAAAGUAUGAAUUGCCUAUAUACACUAUCUACUUUCAAUUUGAAUUCAUUUCUACUGUUUAAUAUUUUUAAUGAUGUUUCAAAAUGUGUUUCUUCAGCAAAGGUACUACAGUGAUAUGUCUGAAUGCCUCCUCUGUAAGGAUGAUGUUCUAUCCCACUGGUAUUAAGAGCUACUGCCCUGCUUGUCUUCUUAUACACUGAGUGAAACAUUAAACUAUCUGUACUAAUAUUCAUCAAUGUAUCUUGUAGCUUGGGGGUUUCCCAGUACUUGCCAGUAGUAUAGAAGAACCUCUUAAACACACAUGUUGAAGGGGAAGGGGGGAGGUUUUUUUUUUUUAAAUUCAUUUGAAUUGUAGAGAUGUAGUUAAGGAGAGGCUCUCUGAAAUAUCUUAUACCCUUGUAUCUUACAAGUAAAAUUGUAAAAAACCACAGCAUCUUAUUGAAUCCUAAAUCCUGUCACCUCCUCUAGUAUAAACAAUGUAUUCUAACAAGCACACAAAAUGUGGUCUAUAUAUGAUUAUGUUCCAUGUAAAAUGAGAUAAUGUAUGUCACUAAAACCAAUAAUAUACAUACCCAAAAACUAUUUGCUACAUACACUUCUUUGUUAAGUCCUUCUGAAAGAAAUCCACAUUCAUACUUGCAAUCUUCAGGAAAAUACAGUACAACAAACCAAAAGUCCAACCAAGCCACAUGGGAAGUUUCGCAUUGGGAACUGUACUAAUAAAAUUGAUUUGCAAGGGACUGAGAAAAUGUCAACAUAUUACCUAGGGAACAGGUUUGUAUGCUUGACUUAUUUCCUUUGUAAUUUUACAUCCUUGGAUUAACUUUAGUGUAAGUGGAUAUUAUUGAAUGGCAUAAGUUCAUACAGAAAGAUGUAGCAGCAUAAAGUAAAUUCAAAUUAAAGUCAGUACCAUAAAAAUGAGUCUACAUGGCUCAUUAAUUGCUGAAGCAAAUAUCUUCACAGUUAUAAGCUACAGUAGAAAUAAGUCAUAAUCUUUCAGCCCACUAAACUAAAACUGAGGAAGUGCUGAAGGCAAAAAUACAUGACUUUCCAGUUUUGAUUUUGGUGAAAGGUUGGAACAAAUUGAUAAACCAAGUCACUACUUUUCACAUGAAGAAAGCAACAUUGCUGUUUUCUAUAAAUCUUCACUAUAUAUUGUCAUUAUGACUUGAAGUUUUUCAUAGAUUCUUGUAUUUUCCCCAUAUCCAGCCGAUUACUUAUAUUAACUACAUGAAACACUGAUAGUACAUCUUUCUGUUUCAAUUUAGAGAUGCUGGUUAUCUUAAAUAAUGUUAUGAUAGAAGCUUAAAAAAUGUAAAUACAGUGAGAACUAAACAAUCUAGAAAAUAAAAACAAUUUUAAUGUAUUUGAAUCCAAUAGUUUUGAUGUUCAUAAUCACAGUUUUCAAGAUGUCAGGGUAGCCAUAGAUUUUGGUACUCCAGCCAAUUUAAACUUGGUUAAUAAACUAAGACACUAAAAAUUAUGUAUUCAGAGAAAUCAAUUAUUGUACAUACCAUGCUGGAACGACCCUGUGUCUAUAGGUUUUCAGCUAUUGUUACCAAUCUUUUCUUUUUAAAAAUAUUUUUAGACAUUCUUAGAUAUUUUGGCACUCAAAAAUAUUUAGUUCUGUAAUUUAAAUACAAAUGAUUCCUUUGGACAUCCACAGAAAAUACAUUGAUAUAAACAGACCACAAUUCAGAUGAGUGAAUUAUUACUGCAGAAUUUAAGAAGCUGCCUAUGAAGCUAAGGGAGGACAGGUAUGAGACACUAAGGACACCAAAAGCAUAUUUCUUAGUAGAUGUUAGCAAAUGCAUCUGAUUGGGAAACCAUGUAUAGAUAUAAUUUUGAUGAGUUACAAAUCUAUAUCGUAACACCAAGGUUGCCAUGAAAGCAAGCACAAAUGGCUCAUUUAUAGCUAUUCUUCUCUGAAAUCCACAACACUGGGAAAUAUUAGGAUACCUUACUUGGUUUUGGUGGGUUUUAGAAUACAAGGUGCCAAACUAAAUGAACAACUGUAAUUUCAAGGCAAAUAGGUAAAGAGAUGGGGGGUUUGUCAUCUUUCCAUAUAGCAUUAAUGUAUUAACUAAUCAAAAUUAUUUUCACUACCUUGUAUAGAAAAUGGAAUGUAUCUGAGCCGUAAAUUAGCACAGAAAGCAGAGGCAUUUCCACAUGUGCAUGUGGGUGUGCUGACCUGCAAAAUGGCAUAUGCAGUGUCACAAUCUACGAUUCAGCCCUUUCGUACAGCACCAUAGCUCGCAUAUAUAAAUACUGUAGGAAUUCGACAGGAUGCUGUGCCCACCAUCUUGCACACUUUUACUUUCCCUGCAGAUGCCUAUGAUAAACAAUGUAGAUGAUGUAACUCUCCCAGGCAUGGCAUGGCUAGUUUCUCAACCUCCAACAAAAAUAAUACAAUUGGAAGCACAGCUUACCAAUUAAAACUUUCUAAACAGUUUAACUCAAACAUAUGUUUAUUGUAAUAAAGAGAAAUAAUUUCAGAAGCCCAGCAUCACAACAACGUGUUUCAUUGUAAGGUAUCAAGUGAAAAUGUAUCCAAGGCAAACAGCUUUGUAAAGUAUGAACUGCAUCUAUUUG